AUGACUGAACACCAGUACUUGUGGCGGGUGGACAGCGAUGCAACGCGAGGUCGCCUGCUCCGAGCCACUCGUAACGUGAAGAUGGGCGAGAGUAUCUUACGUGACUGUGCAUACGGCAACGUGGUGCUGUCGGGCAACCGUGCGGAGCUCUGCGCGGUAUGUCUGCGAGCUGCAGACGCCGACAUUUGCUGUGACGACUGCUCCAAGGUUUUUUUCUGCAGUGAAGAGUGUCGGGAGAAGCUGCGAGAUAUACACGAGAACGAGUGUGAAGCGCUGGAGGAGGUGGAUCUGAUAGCAUCCAAGACGUCUGUGGACUUGCACAGUGAUGAAGAGGGUAACGUGCGAUCCAGCUACGCUAAUGUGAAGGAUUUGGUGCAUGUGCUGGACAAGGAAGCUGGGCCGUGGGCAGACCAUGUCCGUGCUGGUGCCAAGAGGAUCCUGGAAGACCUGCCGGACGAGUGCCAUUUGCCCCAUUUGGUGGCCGCAGUGGGGUUGUUUUCGAUCUGUGGACUGAUAAACCAUAGCUGCCAACCGAACUGCACCUGGUCGAAUGCAGGCGACAGUGUCAUGGAGGUGCGCGCGUUGCGAGAUAUCGAGGAGGGCGAGGAAAUUACCCUGAGUUAUAUUGACAUUGAUAAGGAGCGGAGUGAACGUCAGAAGGAGCUACGCGACACGAAACACUUCGAUUGUCAGUGUGAACGCUGCUCAACGCCGCUUAGUGAGUCAGUCGACAGGGUUUUGGACGGCUUUCGAUGCCCACGCUGCUCUGUCAAGGCGUCUGAAGAGGAAAAUUAUUUGCUAGCUCAAGUGGAAGAUAAACUCGUGUGUCCAGACUGUCAACUAGAUGUCUCAGUAGCUGCUGUCGCUUCUACAGUUUUCACGGCACGAACAAAGGUGGCUAAGGCAAAGCAGAGCCUUAACCAAUUCAAGUAUGCGGACGUAGUAACCCAGCUCACAGACCUUACAAAGGGCGUUGAGGUUCAUGGUCAAAUAAUCCAUUUCCACUGUAGUCACGGCAUAGCAAUUUCAGUGGCGCGACUGCUCUCGGACGCCUACAUCAAGCUGGGCAACGUCGUCCAAGCUUAUGAACUCCGCAAGCAGCUGCUGAAAGCUCUUCUGCUCGUGUCGUGGCGUAAUCACUUGCCACUCGCGCUUGCCCACUUUGAUAACGCUGAGGCUUUACCUUCGUACCAAGCUUUCAGCGACAUUUGUGCCGUUUGUCUUGGCAAGCCUCAUCCAUUGCGCCACCGUGCGCUUGCGGCUCUGAAAUUCUGA